CAAACAGUUGGUUACUUUCCUUCCUUCUUGGGUUUUGUAUGUUUUGAAUUUUCUCCGCCCGUGUCAGCCAGCCAAUCAGUAAAAUCCUUUCUCACCAGAAUUUCUCUCUCCUAUUCCUACUUUUAAGGUCCGAUUAAUCAGCUAAAUACAAAUAACGCUUACGAGGGCAAUAUGAUAUAUAGGAAGGGAAUGAGAAAGAUAAGAUAACCAGUUAGAUAGAAACUACACACUGAAUAGUUGGGCAAUGGCGACUCGAAGGAUCUCGUGGCUGCUCUCUCGACCCAUCUCUGCUUCUUCGGUACUUUCUCUAGGCAGAAAAUCAAGCUGGGGAAGAGAUAUCUAUUGUUUUUGCACUGCCAAUACCAUUGAAGAACCAAGCACUCCACCCAUUCAAGUUGAACAUACCCAGCUUUUAAUCAAUGGACAAUUUGUUGAUGCAGCAUCUGGGAGAACUUUUCCUACUUUGGAUCCUAGUAAAGAAGAGGUGAUUGCUCAUGUUUCUGAAGGUGAUGCUGAAGAUAUCAAUCGAGCUGUUUCUGCUGCUCGAAAGGCAUUUGAUGAGGGGCCAUGGCCAAGGAUGACUGCUUAUGAAAGAGCAAAGAUAAUGUACCGUUUUGCCGACUUGCUUGAAAAGUACAAUGAUGAAAUUGCAGCACUUGAGAGCUUGGAUAGUGGAAAGCCUUAUGAGCAGGCUGCAAAAGUUGAAAUACCAACUGUAACACGCCUAUUUCGAUACUAUGCUGGUUGGGCAGACAAGAUUCAUGGUCUCACUGUCCCAGCUGAUGGACCACACCAUGUCCAAACCCUGCACGAACCAAUUGGUGUUGCUGGGCAGAUUAUUCCCUGGAAUUUUCCUCUUCUCAUGUAUGCUUGGAAGGUUGGACCUGCAUUAGCAUGUGGCAAUGCUGUCGUACUAAAGACUGCAGAGCAGACACCAUUGUCUGCUCUCUAUGCAUCAAAGCUGUUUCAUGAGGCUGGUCUUCCUCCAGGUGUUUUGAAUGUGGUUUCUGGAUUUGGUCCAACUGCUGGUGCAGCUCUUGCCAGUCAUAUGGAUGUGGAUAAGCUUGCUUUCACAGGAUCGACUGGUACUGGCAAGGUUGUUCUUGAAUUAGCUUCAAAAAGCAAUCUUAAAAAAGUGACAUUAGAGCUUGGGGGGAAGUCCCCUUUCAUUGUCUGUGAGGAUGCUGACAUUGAUAGUGCUGUUGAGCUUGCACACUUUGCUCUGUUCUUUAAUCAGGGACAAUGUUGCUGUGCUGGGUCUCGUACAUUUGUUCAUGAACGUAUAUAUGAUGAAUUUGUAGAGAAAGCAAAGGCGCGUGCUCUGAGGCGUGUUGUUGGUGAUCCCUUUGAGAAAGGCGUGGAACAAGGUCCUCAGAUUGAUGCUGAUCAGUUUGUGAAGAUCCUGAAUUACAUAAGGUCUGGCACCGAAAAUGGUGCUACCCUUGAAACUGGAGGUGAAAGGUUAGGUAGCAAAGGUUACUUUAUUCGGCCAACUGUCUUCUCAAAUGUUGAGGAUAACAUGCUAAUUGCCACUGAUGAGAUCUUCGGCCCAGUACAGUCCAUCUUGAAAUUCAAGGACAUCAAUGAGGUGAUACGAAGGUCCAAUAAAUCUCGCUUUGGGCUGGCUGCAGGAGUCUUCACUAACAAUCUAGAGACUGCCAACACCCUGAUGCGUGCUCUGAGAGUAGGGACAGUAUGGAUUAAUUGUUUUGAUGUCUUUGAUGCUGCUAUUCCUUUUGGUGGAUACAAGAUGAGUGGGAACGGCAGAGAGAAAGGAAUAUACAGCCUAGACAACUACUUGCAAGUGAAGGCUGUCGUAUCUCCCUUGAAGAAUGCAGCCUGGUUAUAAUCUGUCUGACAGCUUAUUGUUUACUCAAUUGAUCAUUAUUUCAUAGUCCAUCUGAUUAAUGAAUCAGGGUUUGUUCUCGACACCAAUUAAACAAAACAUCAUUUGACCUUUUCUAGCAAAACUUCUUUUCAUCAUUCCAUAGGUGUUGUUGACCAUCAAGCCUGAUGCGACUGAAAGUGGAAUUGAUCCAUGCAUCAUAAAACUGAAAUUUAUCAUAAGCUCCAAGCUGGUCCCAAGUCAAUCCUAUUUAAUCUGAUCAAGUCCUUUUCAAACCCAGAAUCAUCAUCUCCAAGCUGGGCCUAGAAGCUGUUGCAAGGAGGCCCCGUUUGUAACGGCUGUGUGGACCUGCGCAAAGUGCAAAUAGGAAAAAGGAACAUUUGCUGAACAAAAAUGGGUCUGUUGCUAGUAGGUUAUAUGCAUUAUACAUAAUAAAUCCAUGCAAUUGUGCAAAUUUUCUUCUGAUGGUACAAAUUAAUAGAACUCUCUCUCUCCCUCUCUCUCACACAUGCUACAUUGCUACGUAUCUGUUUCUAAUUAAUUACUUUCUUAUAUCUCUUCUAUCUAUAAAAAAAAUGGGAGAAUUCCCUUUUCGGGGCAAACACAAGUAAGCUGUAGAGACACAAUGUGAUGGCCCCCCUUUGGAAUGGAAUAAUUAAUAUCGUUGUCUAAGUAGUUGAUGUCAUGGUCAUAUCUCUUCAAUC